AUGGCCGGCACCGGCUACACGGACCUGCGGGAGAAGCUCAAACACAUGAUGCCCUACCGGGACGGCCACAAAGGCAGCGGUGGCAGCCUCCCCCGCGAACCCCCUGAACCUCCCUACGACCGCAAACGGCGGCACCAGGAUUCCGGUUCUGAGCCCAGCGACUACGAGGAGCAGAAGGAGGAAGAAGAAGCUCGGAAAGUCAAAAGCGGCAUCCGCCAGCUUCGGCUCUUCAGCGCCGAGGAAUGCGCCAAGAUCGAAGCUCGCAUCGAGGACGUGGUGUCCCGGGCGGAGAAGGGGCUCUACAGGGAGCACACGGUGGAUCGCGCCCCGCUGCGGAACAAGUAUUUUUUCGGGGAGGGUUACACCUAUGGGUCUCAGCUGCAGAGACGAGGCCCUGGCCAGGAGCGCCUGUACCCGCGGGGAGAAGUAGAUGCCAUCCCUGAGUGGGUGCACGACUUGGUGAUCAGGAAGCUGGUGGAGCACCGGGUGAUUCCCGAGGGCUUUGUGAACAGUGCCGUCAUCAACGACUACCAGCCGGGGGGCUGCAUUGUCUCCCACGUGGACCCCAUCCAUAUCUUUGAGAGGCCGAUCGUCUCUGUCUCCUUCUUCAGCGACUCGGCGCUCUGCUUCGGUUGUAAAUUCCAGUUCAAGCCCAUCCGAGUUUCGGAGCCUGUUCUCUUCCUGCCCGUCAAGAGGGGAAGCGUCACAGUGCUGAGUGGAUAUGCAGCUGAUGAAAUUACACACUGUAUCCGACCACAGGACAUCAAGGAGAGGAGAGCCGUCAUCAUCCUUCGAAAAACCAGACUAGAUGCACCUCGAUUGGAAACAAAAUCCUUGAGUAGCUCUGUGUUGCCACCAGGUUAUAACUCUGACCGUCUGGCAGGAAGCAACCGGGACCAGAUCCUGAAACCAAAGCGGUCCCAUCGCAAAGCAGACCCUGAUGCUGCUCACAGGCCACGGAUUCUAGAGAUGGAUAAAGAGGAGAACAGGCGCUCGGUCCUCCUACCAAAACACAGGAGGAGGAGCAGCUUCAGCUCUGAGAACUAUUGGCGAAGGUCUUACGAGUACACAGAGGACUGUGAUGAGGAAGAGGAAGAUGGCAGCCCAGCUAGGAAAGUUAAAAUGAGGCGACACUGAGGAUUGCACUUUCCAGGCUCGUGGAGCUGAUGAGAUUGGCUUCCAGUCUGUGAUAACUUUCUCCUCCCUCUGGCUAUCUUCCAUCUUAGCUUCAGUUUUUGGUUUUUUCCUUUCAAGCUGAAGAGUAAACAGGAAGGAUCUAGUAGUGAUUUGUUUUUAUGAAUGGAGGAGGAAUGCUAAGAGGGACGUAAGGAUGGAACCUGUCCAGUGCACAUGGUGCCCUGAGUCAUGGGUCAAAUGGGCAUCUCUCUCCCUUAGGAAGCAGAUAAAAGUUAUGCCAGGCUGUUUGUUGGGAUUUCUUUUGAAAACACCAAAAAGUUUAUAACUGUUUCAUUGUGCAAGAUUCAAGAAUUGUAUUUUUUGGGGGUUUGGGUUUUGUUUGUUUGGGUU